GCCCGGUGAUGAUUACGUCAGAUUGAUUUUUGCUGCAACUGAGCAUAUGUAUCGUUAGAGCAAUUUACGUCAGAUUGGCCGUGCCAGUGCUGUAGGGCAAGGGUAUGAUUUGCAGCAGGUAGGAAGGAAAUCGUAGGAAGGAAAAGACAUGGUGUAAUUAAAGCUGGAACUGAGGAAAGAUUGUGUGUGUGAGAACUUUAAUUCAUGAAGAUACAACAGGGAUGUUACAACAGAAAACAGUGCUUUCCGGGGACCCAGUACUGAGCUGUGAGCCAGUGAAGUUUGGUUACCUCUGCAUUUUUUAAUAGAUACUGUGACCCAGAGCUGUAUUGCAGGAAUUACUGCUGGCGCCAGUGUUUUAAAUCUUUUAACCCGUCCUUUUGAGUGUGCCACUGUAAAUUCUGUUCUGAGGCGAAACAUAAACACAGAGGUUGGAAUUACAGCUUUAUACAGUUCCUUUCUCUGGUGAGUUGUAAAUGUUGUGUAAGUGUAAAACAAUGUAUGAGGCAAGAAGUAUUGGUUUCGUUUUAAAUAUGUUACACGCACGUGUAUUCUGGUCACAUAGCACCCAACGUGUAUCUCCUAACCCUGGCAGGUAGUUUCAGAAAGCAGUCUGUGUCCUUGGAGAAGCAAAGAAGCAUUAGUUUUCUACCUAGUAAAUCAAACAGCCAGUGUCUUAUUGUUGUUAUUAGGUGCCUGCGAGUCGGUUCCAACUCAUAGCGACCCUACGCACGACAGAAUGAAGCACUGCCUGGUCCUGAGCGAGCCUCACGAUCGUUGUUAUGCUUGAGCUCUUUGCUGCAGCCACUGUGUCAAUCCACCUCGUUUAGGGUUUUCCUCUUUUCCGGUGACCCUGUACUCUGCCAAGCAUGAUGUCCUUCUCCAGGGACUGAUCCUCCUGACAACAUGUCCAAAUGUCCAUGGAAGACAUUGGCGAACAAGUUUUGUGCCUGAUUGCUUAUCAUCUACUUUUUGCAAUGUUUGUCUGGUCAUACUGGAAAACUAUCUUCACAUUACCAAUGAAUCCUUCAAAAGAAUUCCAUCUCUCCUAUGCAGAGAAAGAGCUGCUGGAGAAAGAGCCAAGAGGAGAAGCCCAUCAGGAAAUUCUCAGGCGAGCAGGCAAAGACCUUCCCAUCUACACCAGGACCAUGUCUGGAGCAAUCCGGUACUGUGACAGAUGCCAGCUCAUAAAACCGGAUCGCUGUCAUCACUGUUCCGUCUGUGACAAAUGUAUUUUGAAGAUGGAUCACCAUUGUCCAUGGGUGAACAAUUGUGUUGGAUUUUCAAAUUAUAAAUUUUUCCUCCUUUUCUUGGCAUAUUCUCUGCUAUACUGCGUUUUUAUUGCUGCCACGGAUUUACAGUAUUUUAUCAAAUUUUGGACAAAUGGCCUACCUGAUACGCAAGCCAAGUUCCAUAUUAUGUUUUUAUUCUUUGCUGCAGCUAUGUUUUCUGUCAGCUUGUCUUCUCUGUUUGGCUAUCAUUGUUGGCUAGUCAGCAAAAAUAAAUCUACAUUAGAAGCGUUCAGAAGUCCGAUAUUUCGUCACGGAACAGAUAAGAAUGGGUUCAGCUUGGGCUUCAGCAAAAACAUGCGACAAGUUUUUGGUGAUGAGAAGAAGUAUUGGUUGCUACCCAUUUUCUCAAGUCUAGGUGACGGCUGUUCUUUUCCAACCUGCCUUGUUAACCAGGAUCCUGAGCAACCAUCCACUCCUGCAGGACUGAAUUCAACAGCUAAAAAUCUUGAAAACCACCCAUUUCCUGCAAAACCAUUGAGAGAGUCCCAGAGCCACCUUCUUACCGAUUCUCAGUCUUGGACAGACAGCUGCACACACCCAGCAAAGGGCAAAGUUGGUAUGAGCAAUCCUGCACUGACCAUGGAGAAUGAGACUUAACUCUUCAAGCAAAAUAAGUUCAGAGUUUAUAAAAGUAUCAGUGCUGUCCAUGGAUGGAAGAAGCUCCCUACGGAAAGCGUUGGCCGGUUAUGCCUGUUUCCUGUUGGCUAGAUUGACAGAAUGUGAACUGAUUAGUUCUCUUGGAGCCAUUGCUUACAACGUAACACAUUUUUUAUACAGUAUACAGAUUGUUUCAACUAACGCAAGUUCCUGUUAAAUAUUAACACUACUUACUAUGGUUUAUAAAUCAAGGAGGGAAAUACCUUCUACUAUAAAAACUUGGAAUAAAUUCAUGGGCUAGUUUCAUCCGGAUAUUUGGGCAGCACAAUUUAUCACAUAAAAUCUGAUUUUCAGAUUCUGAAAAUUGAGAAGAUUAAGAUACUGUUUGAGAUUUAAGAGAUUUCAAGACACAUUACAACGGUAAGCUUUAUUUAUGAAAACUGCUAGUUACCCAUGAGAAGGUGGAGGUAGCAAACCAGACUUCUUUGUUCCUUCUGGUGUGAAUCCAGCCUCAGACUGGGUGAAUUGUUGCAACUCUGAAUUCAUUUCAAAGUCCAGGUGGCCUGCAGUGAAAGAUCACCGUCCAUUUUCACCAGACUUUAAUCCAUUCCUAGCCUUGUUCCCUGCUGGAAACGAAGUACAGACAUUGAAGCUCAAGCUCAUUGAUAAAGCCAUUGGCUAGAAGAUUCUCAUCAGAGCUAAUACAUUUUCAAUUACGAUACACCGGAAAUAUAUUUUUCUCUCUUCCAGUCUUUCUAAAUUGAAGGGAAAGUCUAUAACAACAAUUAUGAAGCUUGGUUUAUGAUGUUUUUCUUGUCAAUUUGGUUUAAAAAAUAUCCUUUUAGGUUAUUUCUUCUACUGAAUGUAGCAAAAAUACUGAAAUUCUAUUGAGAAUUCCUGAUGGGUCAAUAGAUUAAUCCUCCAGUGAUAUCUGUGUUAUUCCUGUGUCCUCUCAGCAAAACUAUGACAGUGCUCCUCAAACGCUAUUUAGAUUAAAUUAUGCAAAUUAUCAAACCACAGUCACGUUCUUCUGGAAAUUUAGUUCAACGUGAACUAAAGCGGUGUGCUGUUUGGAAAUUCAGCUCAAGAUAAAGUGGUGUGUUUGUUGAUGCCAAAAUGUUUGGCUUCAGUAAAUAUACCGAGAAGCCCUUGUGCCUUGUAUGCACUAUGUAAAAAAAAAUGUUUUGUUCUUUUUUUUUUUGAAUGGAGUGUAUGUAAGUUUGUAAUUAUAAUUAGCAAAUGGGAUAAUAGACUGUGUGCUGUUUUUGGUACUGACUUUGAGAAUUUAAAGCAGAUUUACUUUUGAAACUACACAGCUAAAGAACUCACAUUUAAUCAAAGAGAAAAUAGUAUUAAAACUUUUCAAAGUCUUUGUUAGACAAAAAUUCAACACAAAGGAACUAGAAGACCAGAGGAAAAUGGAGUAAAAGAUCCUUGCAGUUAGUCCUUGCUAACAGUAUCAGGAGUUUUAUAUUAAGUGGUUAGUUUAUAGAAGAAUCAGCGUCAGCCAAACGAACGUUGUAGUUAUUUGAAUGCAGUUCCUUGGACUAUAGAUACGAUGGCAGUCUUUUUCAGAUUUUUUUUAAGAGCUAAAGAUUUUAACCUGAUAAUCUGCUUUAAGAAAUCUCAGAAAAUAUGAUAGAUUUUUACUUUUAUCUUAAAGCAUUUUUUUGGUCACAUUUUUCCUUACCUGAAGUGCCAGAUUGGAACCUAUAGCUACUGCUAGAAGUCUGAAUGGCUCCAGAAGCAUGUGGUUAUUCAGAGUUUAAUGCAGCCAGAUUUUUUUCAAAGCACAGUAUUACAUUUCUUUUCCUGUACAAGAUGCUGUUAGGUGUUCCCUCAUAUCACUAUUUUUUUUUUUUUAAUUUGAAUAAACUUGUCAAACUGGAAGCAAAGAAGAAAACAGAUUUUUCUCCCUUACUCACUAGGGAACCAUUAAUUUUUUUUCCCUUUAGAUCUUUAAUAUAAUUAUUCAAAAACAUAAAAAUAUUUUUCAUUAAGUUGUAAUGGCUCCCUUUCUGUUUUUAUACUAUGGACAACCUUUAAAGAAUUUUUGUUUAGUUUUUUUUUUUUGUUCUAGGGGAUUAUAAUUUUUUGGAUAUCUCAUUAGGUAUGACGUAUAUAUUAUACCUGAGAACAUAAAGCAACAACUAAACCUACAUUUUGGACAUAUCUAUAAAAUUUACUUUUAAAUUAUUUUAAGCAUUUUACUUUUAAAAAAAGUUAUUGGCUUAACUCGAAGUUGAAGGCAAAUGUACACUUCAGCUGUCCUGAUUAUCCAUUAAACUGAUAAUCUUUAUUUUUCCUGUGUUUAAGAGAAUCUACUCUACAAACAUUAGGAUAUAAGAAGUUUUUCAUUUAAAAAUUAUUGUACAAACUGCCUCAUCUACAUUAGUUAAUUUUCUGCUGUUGUGCAAUGGAAGAGAUUUUGCUUUUUUCAAAAAUAAAUUAAAGAAAAAAAUUGCGACUAAGUAUAAACGACCAGACAUUCAAGGACGUGCAUAUCCACGAAUUCCCUCCUGUUAUGUCCGAAUAAAGUCUGGUUGAUCUUGAAGUUGAAAUUGCCUUUGCACUGACAAUCGAAAUUGUUUGGAACAUAUACUUAAUAGUCUACCAGGGCUACUAAUGGCAGAAUUCAUGUUUACAACCUGGUGGUUAUAUAGGGAUUUUUUGUUUUGUUUUGUUUUCCUUUUUUAGGGGGGAGGAGGGUGGAUUGGUGAGUGAAGUAAUUAGUGGUAAUUAAAUGAUUCUCACAACCAUUUGUAACAGACUGUGAAACUUGUGUACACCGUAAUCAGCUGAAAACUAUUGGAAAUAUGGCAUAUGUUUGACAAAAAAAAAACAAAACUAUAUUCUCUGGGGAAAUCGAAUACAAAGGAUUUAUAAACAUGUGUCCAAAAAACUACGCUAGUAAUACUGAGAUUCAUGCUUCAAGAAAAAAACACGUGAAAACACUGUUAUUCCAUUAUAUAAUGAACUAGAAAAUUUUCCCUAUUUUGAAAUACAUGUAAACUUGCUGCACUGAUUCUGAAGUCAGUCACACCGUAGACUUUGGUGUAUACUCAUUAUAUGAUCGCGCAUUUACCUGUAAAAAUGAUGGCUCUGGGACUUUUAUGAGUUAAAAAAUAAAAGUACAAACAUACACAAACCACAGAAAAUGGUAAAUGAAAGGCCACUUUCAUUGUAAACCGUGUAAACCAUGUUGGCUCUAUCGCCAGUACCACCAUUCCCUCCAUGGAUUUUUCACAAAUAACAUACAUCUCUAGGUAAGAUCCACCUGCAGAAACUGGUUUUUCCUAAGUAGACAAGUACCUGACCUAACCCAGGACGUUUUCGCAGGCUCCACUCCUUUUUCCACAUACUGAGCCUGUCUAGAUGUGGAAGAGGACCUUGUUAACACCUUACGUAUUUGUUACUCUUACAAAGAUACCGCUGGAAUUUUUUAACCUUGUCUUGGUAAAAAACGAUAGAUCCUAAUUUUUAUUGACGUUUUAGCAAUAAGAUCAUGUAACUAAUUAUUUAAAGCAUUAAAUAAAU